GUUACGAUGGCAGACAUUCCGCUUGUAUUCACUGUUAUUCUGGUGUAUUUCUCUCAAAUGCAAGGGUCCAGUGCUGUGACUCCUGUGUUUGUGCUGAAGGGAGACGAUGUGAUGCUGAAUCUCACAGAAGCUGAUGAUCUGGAGAACAGUGCUGUUUUUUGGAACUUCACUGAUAAAAGUAGUAAUGAAGAAUCAGUUUUAGUCAAAUGGCGUCCUGGUACUGAACCAGAAGUCUCUCCAGGUUACAGAGGAAGGAUUGAGUUUCCUGUGAACAGAUGCUGUGUGAAUCUGAAGAAUCUACAAGAGACAGACAGUGGAGUUUAUACUGGACAUGUGAUGGGGGCUGUUGGUUUAAUAUCAUCAACUGAAUACAAAGUCACAGUUCAAGAUCCAGUGUCUCCAGUUAAGCUGACAGUGGACUCUGUGUCCAACAGCUCAGACUCCUGUAACCUCACUGUGACCUGCAGCACACAGGACUCUCACAUCAGCAGCACUUUUACAUGUGACGCCAAAACCUGCAGUCAGGAGGGAGGAGAGAGAUCAGAGGUCACGACCUCUGGUGCUUCUCUCAGAGUCUACCUGGUGAAUGACUCAAUCACCUGUAACCAUAGCAACCAGGUCAGCUGGACCAAAAACGUGACAAAUAUUCAAGAUUUCUGCCCCUGUUGUGCCGAUCAUAGCGUUAACGUCGCUGUGUCUGUUUCCAUCAGCUUUUUGUUUCUCAUCAUAACUGCAGCAGCAGGUUUUUGUUAUCUUCUCUGGAGAAGAAAACAAAAAACAGAGAGCACCGAAGAUGCAGUGUAUGCAGUUCCUGAGAUGGAAGCUCUAGCUCAACCUCUGGAUCCAACAAGUGAUUCUUCUUCCCCACCAUCCGCCAUCUACAGCUUGUUGGAGCCUCACACUGGACCUACGAGACCCACUGAGGAGACAGAGAUUGUGUAUUCUACAAUAUAAAAGCUUCAUAGGUCCUGAAAUGACUCUACAAUGUGCAGCUGCUGCAAUUUCCAGUUUUUCAUUAAUGAUGCCAAAGCUGGCGACACACCAGACAGCUGAUCCCCACCCUCACACCUCGUGUUACAGUCACUGAGAGUUAAAAUCACACUUUAUAAAACCUGCUCUGCUCGGGAAAGACUUUUCUCAUACACGUUUCUCUGUAAAUAGCUGUAAAGCAAUGAAGAAAUGUGACUAAACAUCAGACAUUUUCAGAAUUAUCAGGUUUGAGCUGUUGGAUCUAAUAUGAAUUCAAACAUCACAAAGAGACUUUCUAGUCUCUUAUCUUGGUACCAGUAUUAUGGGCUGUCUCAGAUGAAAUCCUGAAGCUGAACAUUAGGUAUGGACAGAUGCAUUUAUAUUUUAUAUGCAUAUGUAUAUUUAUGUGGAUAUAGGAAUAUAUAUGCAGCCUUUUGUGUAUUUAUCUGCAUGUACUUGAGUGCUGUUCAUAGAUAUGUAUGUAUGUGUAUAUACAAAAGUAUAUACACUGUAUAGUCGUCAGUCUCUUUUAAAACACCUUUAAUUUUUUUUUUUUUUUUGGAUUGUGGGGGUGUCUGUUUUUUUCUUUUUCCUGUUUAAUUUUGAAUCUUCUUUGUUUUGAAAAUUAAACUUAAAGAUUUCCUUGUUUGUUUUCUCAUCUGCUGUGCCUCUUUUAUUUAUCCUUCCCUUUUGUUUUAUUUUCCCCUGUUUGCCCUUCUUGUUCUCUUUUUUUUGCAUUCUUGCAUUUUUGUGUGCUGCUAUCUAGUGAUUUUAUUUCCACUUUGGAAAUCUUAGAGGCUUUUUGUCAAGGGAACCAGGGUGAUGCUAACUUCAAGGUUAGAAUGCAAAAACACGCAAUCCUACACCACCCUAUUAGCCUAAUAAUCAUAGAAGAAAGUGUUCAGCAUGUCGACUCACAGAUAUUUAUGGACAAAUUGUAACCUACCAAUUUAUUAACAUGGUAUCUCCAAGUCCAAGUCUGUUCUCUUGUAACUUAUUAUCUGCUACAUAGUCCUUGAAUA